GUAUCUAUGGAUGAAAGAUAUGUCAUGUAAUCCAGUGAUGAAAUGUUGAACAUCAUGAUGGAAAGAUAUCAGAAUAUUGAAAAUUGUUUAAUGUGUAAUUAGUAAUUUGCUUGCGGUAAAAUGAGUUCGUGUAAAGAAUAUUUGCCAUGCAAGAAUAAAAGGGCAUGUAACGAGUUGCACCAGGCGCGUAACCUCAAAAUGUAGUUCGAUAAAUAAAAAUUAAUUUUCUCAUAAAGAAUACGAACUAAACCUUGAUGAUCAUCAUACUUAAUACUGCAUAAUGUAUCGCACAAAUCAGAAUGGACAACCACAACGGUUGCAUACAGAGCGAGCACAUCGAAAUCGUUCAAACGGGCGACAAUUAGGUCUUGUACAUGUACCAAUGAGUGUUUCGGAGCAAUUCAAAGAAUCAUGGCUCACAGCGAUCAUAGGUUCAAUUUUAUUUGCUGUUGGCAUGUGUCUUCUUUUUUGGAAUGAGGGUCAUGCUGCAAAGGUAGCUCAUUCUUUAGAUGAGGCUUUGCGUAAUGUUGCUGUGCUCUCAAAUCCAAUGAAGAUACUACCUGAACACGAAGGGCGUUUGGUUCAUUUUACUGGCUAUAUAUCGGUCUCUGAACCUUUAACAGAACCAGAUUAUGGAGUUGUUAUGGCUAGUGUCAAACUUAAAAGACGAGUUCAGAUGUAUCAGUGGAUUGAGAUUGAAGAAGAGCGAAGUUUUGGAGAAGCAACGGAAGAUAAAAAACAUUAUUACUAUUCUACUGAGUGGAAAGAUAAACUUAUCGAUUCUGAUCAAUUUUAUAUUAGAACUGGACAUCAUAAUCCAAAGAAUAUACCUAUUAAGAGUCAAGUACAAAUUGCAGAUGAAGUUAAAAUAGGAGCUAUAACACUUGGUACAGAACUAAAGAAAAAGUUCAAUGAUUUUGUCGAAAUUACUAGCGAUGAGAGACCAGAGCGUAGAGAUAUUAAAAUGCACUCAGGAUUAUAUUAUCAUAGUGCAGAUUUGUGGAAUCCUCAGGUAGGAGACAUUCGAAUACAAUUUUCCUAUGCAGGAAAAGCUGACGACAUUUACUCCAUCGUUGGCUUGAUGAUUCAUGGAACAAUAGUUCCAUAUAUCACUUCACGUGGUGAAGAAGUUUUGCUUCAACGUAAACACAAGCUGUCAGUAGAUCAAAUGUUCCAUAUGGAACACGUUCACAAUUAUUGGCGCACAUGGACUAAUAGAGGUCUUGGAUGGCUAGUGAUGUUUCUAGCAGCAACAUGCUUGGCGAAUAUAUUGAGGACACUGAUCUUGAACUCUACCUUCCUGUGUGGGAUAAUUGCAAUUGAAUCUGUUACUAUGUCAGUUUCAAUGUCAAUCAGUUUACUGGUUAUUGGUUUUGCUUGGGUAUGGUACCGUCCAUUCAUCGGUCUUUGCUUAGCAUUGUCUUCUAUUUUACCCUUCAUAUACUCUACAUUGAUAUCAACUUCGCAACCUCAACAACGUGAUGAUUAUAGAAGAUUGUAGAAGAGUUUCAUUAUAUAUUAUGUUUCUCUUAAUUUUAUAGUACAUAUAACGUUUCAUCUUUCAGUCCCUAAUUUUUCAUUUACAGAGCAUUUAUCUUUUUACUUUUAUAAAAACAAAAUGCAAGCUGGCCGUGAUUUAGUAAACAUUUAGCAUCGUCCAAACAAUUGUCUAAAAGAUUUUUUAAUAUACGUUUAAGAGAGUUUCCAUUAAGAAUAGACAUUUAAGAUGUAUAUGAAAAAUUGUAUACUUGUAGCUCACAUAUAAUUACUCUUAAAACAACAGUAUUAAUAGUUUGUAAUAUGUCUACUCUGUCGUGUAGUAUGUAUUGUAUUAUUUAAAAAUAGUAGAUUUAUGUUAACUUUGCAAUAU